AUGCCAGUGCUGCCAUGGCGAGUUCUCUCACCCUUCCUCAUUCUCUGUUUCUUUCUAACUUUUGCUGAUUCGAGGCGUCAAGCGAGUGACUUCAAUGCCACGCUUCCUGACUUGAAAAACUCUUCUUCUCCGGCGAUGCCCAAGGUGGACAGCUUUGCUGAAAUGAUUGAUAAAGCUUUGGAUAAAGAGUUCAAUGAAACUAAUGAAGAAUCAUCUGAAGUUGAUCAUGGUAGCUUCAACAAUAGCGUCGCUGGAGAGCAGGCAGUUCUGGAAACUGUUGCUAGAGUUCGGAACAAGAAAAACGAGACAAAGGAAGAGAAGUCAUUUCAGUUGCAUGAUGUUUUCAACUUGGAGAACGAAAACCAAGCUGAAGAUACACCAACGCUGAUAGAUAAGGAGGACAAUGUCUUCAUUAUAUCCAGUUCCAAAUCAAAGAUCCCAAUACUGCAGUUAGACCUGAGAUUGAUAAGAGAUCUUGUUGUUGUGAUUGUAUCUGCGACUUGUGGUGGUAUAGCUUUUGCUUGUGCUGGACAACCGGUCAUAACUGGAUAUUUACUAGCAGGUUCUCUCAUUGGACCUGGGGGUUUCAAUAUUGUUAGUGAAAUGGUGCAAGUUGAAACCGUUGCACAGUUUGGUGUCAUCUUUCUCCUUUUUGCCUUAGGAUUGGAAUUUUCCACAGCCAAGCUUCGUAUUGUCCAAGCAGUUGCUGUGUUAGGAGGUUUGCUCGAGAUUUUUCUUUUUAUGUGCUUGUGCGGGAUAAUAGCCUCUCUAUGUGGUGGAGAAAUAUCUGAAGGGGUUUUUAUUGGUGUCUUCUUGUCAAUGUCUUCAACAGCUGUGGUUUUAAAGUUUUUGAUGGAAAAAAGGAGUAUUAUGACAAUUCAUGGUCAGGUCACAGUUGGAACCCUGGUUCUCCAGGACUGUGCCGUGGGUUUGUUGUUCGCAUUACUUCCUAUUCUUGGUGGUACAUCAGGGCUGCUUGAGGGAGUAAUUUCCAUGACUAAAGUGUUGGUGAUUUUAGCUACAUUCAUGACCAUCCUGUUAAUACUUACCCGCACAUGUAUACCUUGGUUUAUGAAGCUGAUGAUAAGCCUCUCAUCAAAGACUAAUGAGCUUUACCAGUUGGCAGCUGUGGCGUUUUGCUUAUUAGUUGCUUGGUGUAGUGAUAAGCUGGGCUUGAGCCUUGAAUUGGGAUCCUUUGCGGCUGGAGUGAUGAUUUCAACCACUGAUCAUGGUCAGCACACUCUCGAACAGGUUGAACCUGUCCGAAACUUGUUUGCUGCUCUUUUUCUCGCCAGCAUUGGAAUGCUUAUUCACGUGCAUUUCCUAUGGAAUCAUAUCGACUUUCUACUGGCUGCUGUUAUUUUGGUGAUUGCUGUCAAAACAAUUGUGGUUGGAGUGGUGGUCAAGGGGUUUGGCUAUGGUAGUAAGACAUCAAUUCUUGUUGCGAUGUCCCUAGCCCAGAUAGGGGAAUUCGCUUUUGUUCUUUUAAGUCGUGCCUCAAAUCUUCAUCUGAUCGAGGGUAAAUUGUACAUGCUGCUCCUUGGCACUACAGCUCUGAGCUUGGUGACUACACCAUUGCUAUUCAAGCUGAUUCCUGCUGCAGUGCACCUUGGAGUGUUAUUAAGGUGGUUUUCGCCUGACAUUUCUACUGAGAUUGGAUUAAAAGGUGAUGUCCUGCGUGCUGAGAGUGCUAAAGUAUUACUCUGA